AUGCCAGCCGACCGUCACCAGCGCAAGAAGGCGCGCACGAGCACGAGCACGAGCACGAACACGAAUGCCGAGGCCGGUCCCUCUGGGACAGUAUUCAAGAUCCCGUCCCUGGAGCAGCGGGGAGCAGACGCGCUGCCGGGUCUCAACAAGAUCAAGGCGAGCCUGCGGCAGGCGAAGCGGCUGUUGAACAAGGAAAACCUUGAGCCGUCGCUGCGUAUCUCGACGCAGCGCCGCGUUGCUGCGCUCGAGGCGGACCUUUUGGUUGCGGAGAAGCGGGACGUCGAGAAGAAGAACGGGGCCAAGUACCAUGCCAUCAAGUUCUUCGAGCGGCAGAAACUCGGCCGGAUCAUCAAGCGUGCGCAGCGCAAGGUCACCGAGGCGGAGAAGAGUGGCAAGGCUAAGAAGAUGGCCAAGGCGGAGAAGGAGCUACUGCACGCGCGCGUCAUGUUCAACUAUGUGCUAAACUAUCCCAACGCGAUCAAGUACAUCUCGCUAUUCCCGAAGGAGGAGAAGAGCGAGGACGGCGACGAGAAGGAGAAGCUCAAGGUGCCAAACUACCUCGAGGCAGAGCUGUCGGACGACAUGGAUAAGACGGAGCGGACACGGCUCACCAUGCUGCUCGAGACGCAGGGUCUGAUGGAUGAGGGCAAACUGAGCGGCACGCCUGAGGAGGAGAAGGAGCGGCGGCCGGUGGAGCUCAGCUCGGUUACUGCUGCAGUCACCGAUGGCGGGAAGAAGCGCAAGGCCAAGGCCGAAGCCGAGGCCAAGGAGGACACAGACGACUUCUUUGACAGCGACUAG